AUGGCUACAAAUGGUAAUUCAACAUUACAAAAACUAGUACCCAAUGAUGCCAGUACAUUUGAGAAUCCUCCAUCGUCAACGAUUUCUUUUCAUUCAAUUAAUUAUACAAUAAGUACACAAAAGAGUUGUUCCUCAUUACCUUUCAUGAAAAUGCAGCAUAAACAAAUUCUUUAUGAUAUCAAUGGAGUCUUUAAACCAGGCAUGAAUGCUAUACUUGGGCCAACUGGUAGUGGAAAAUCAUCUCUAUUAGAUAUAUUAGCUGAUCGAAAGGACCGAAAUGGUCUUGAAGGAGAAGUAUUAUUAGAUGGUCAAUCUCAAAUGUCGGAAUUUAAAUAUUAUGUUGGUUAUGUUGUACAAGAUGAUAUCCUCAGUGGAACAUUGACUGUUAGAGAAAAUUUAAGAUUUUCAGCUAAUCUUCGAUUGUCAAAAACAAUUUCACGAGAAACAAAAGCAACUAUUGUUGAGCAAGUUAUUGAACAAUUGGGUUUAGAAGGAUGUGCUGAUUCAAGAGUAGGCACAGAAUUUGUACGUGGAAUAUCUGGUGGAGAACGAAAGCGGACAAACAUUGGUAUGGAGCUGGUUUUAUCACCAUCGGUACUCUUUUUAGAUGAGCCAACCACAGGUCUCGAUUCAUCAACAGCGCAUGCUGUAUUUAAAUCUCUUCAUCACUUAUCACGACGAGGGCGCACAAUUAUCUUUUCAAUUCAUCAGCCACGUUAUUCAAUUUUUAAACUAUUUGAUACUAUAUUUUUGGUAGCAGCUGGUCGUUGUGUUUAUCAUGGCCUUGCAAAUUCAGUACUUCCAUAUUUUUCAUCGAUCGGUUAUGAAUGCGAACAACAUGAUAAUCCAGCUGAUUUUCUUCUCGAUAUAACUCAAGCUGAUACUUCCAAAAACAAGGUCAAUAAUCAUGAGCUAAAUAAGAAAAAUGAAGAACAUGCUCGUCAGUUACAUGAAUUAUAUAUAGCAUCGAAUGUGUAUACAUCAAUGCAACAAGAAAUUAAAGCUGCAAGAAAUCGAAUAGUAACGGCAGCAACAUCAGCAGCGAGUUACCAUCAGUCAUCUACAAAGUCACGUUUCUCAGAAAUUCUAUAUGUUUCUCAACGUACAUUACGUAAUGUGUAUCGGAAUCCAGCUCUAAUUUCAAUGCAAACAUUUGUUCCAGCAUUUUUAGCUGUGGUAAUUGGCCUAAUUUAUCUAAAAGUUGAUAACUCCGAAAGUGUCGGAGUACCAAAUCGUAUGGGUGCAAUAUUUUUCAUUGUAACAAAUCAAGUUAUGGCAAAUCUAUCAGCUAUUGAAUUAUUUAUUAAAGAACGUGCUCUAUUUAUACAUGAAAAUGCAAGCGGUUAUUACCAUGUUUCAACAUAUUUUAUAGCGAAAUUAAUAUGUGAUUUAAUACCGUUACGUAUUAUUCCAUCAAUAAUAUUUUCAACUAUUGUUUAUUUUAUGAUUGGUUUUCAAGCCAGUGUCGCCAAAUUUUUUAUUUUCUAUCUAGCUAUCGUUUUAACGACAACAUGUGGAGCUGCCGUUUGCUUUUUAUUUUCGGCUACCGUAGAAGUAUUUGGUGUCGCAAAUUUGUUAGCUGCAAUGAGUUUCGUAUUGAUGAUGGUUUUUGGAGGAUUCUUAGUUGUUGUAUCAUCAGUUGGAAACUAUUUAUCGUGGAUUAAAUGGGUCAGUUUAUUUCGCUAUGCAAUCAAUAUUAUUACUAUCAAUGAAUUCGAGGGCCUGAAAAUUUGUCCGCGAAAUAAUCCAAAAAAUUGUACAAUUAGUGGUACAUAUGUUAUAAAUAAUGAUGCACACAUUGAAUAUAAAAACGAUUGGGAUUUAUGGUACAACUUUGUUGCAUUAGCAUGUAUGAUAGUAAUAUAUUUUAUGUUGACAUAUAUACAAUUACUUCGUAUGAAGAAAACAAAAUAA